UUAAGGAGCGUGUUCUAUGAUAAGGGAAGUCUUUCCAUUUGACAAUUAGUCAGAUUCUCGCAUUAGAGCUUUUCUUUCUAACAGGGACUUUUAGGACUUGGGAACUAAAGGUCCUGUCAUUUCAAUUUAUGGACAGAAAAAAGUAAAAUCCAAUCCAUUUCGUUAAAGAACAUAUAAAUUAGAAGUUGCAUGGCGCAGUCUACAAGAAUUGCUGUCAUAGGAGGUGGAAUUAUCGGUCUAUCAUCAGCAGUCCGCAUUAUUGAGACUACACCUGGAGUGAAAGUCACAGUGAUUGCCGAAAAACUCACACCUGAAACUACAGGAGACGGUUCGGCAGGUUUUUGGUAUCCUUACCUUCUAGGUGAAGUUUCUGCAGCAGAAAUAAGGUUUUGGUGUGAAAACACAUUUAACUUUCUGAAAGAUAUUUAUAAGUCAUCAGAAGCAAGUGACCAUGGAAUUGGAUUAUUAUCAGCUUUUUUUUUACAUGAUGAGCCUCUGGAGAAACCAACCUAUUCUGACAUUUAUUUUCAAUGGAGAGCCUUAAAUGAUAAAGAGUUAGCGCUCUUUCCGUCACAUUAUAAGUACGGAGUUUUUGUCACGACGCUGUAUGCAGAAUGCUGUAAGUUACUUCCAAUGUUGAUGAAAAGGCUCCAAAGCAAAGGAGGUCAAAUAGUCAAAAGAAAACUGAAAAGUAUAGAGGAGCUCUCAGACAAAUUCGACAUUGUUAUCAAUUGUCCCGGAGUAGGAGCUGCGAAACUGGUUCCAGAUCCUAGUGUAGUACCUAUUCGAGGGCAGGUAAUAAGGGUUCGAGCUCCUUGGAUAAAGCAUGCUGUGAUGGCAGGAGAUGACUUUUACAUUUUGCCUAAUUCUGAAGAAGUAAUUUGUGGAGGAACUCACCAAGAAGGAAAUUGGAGCACAAAAGUUGACCCGAGUGAUCGUGAUAAAAUCUGGCAAGGAUGUACAGAAAUUAUCCCAAGCCUGAAAAAAGCAAAGAUCGUUAGAGAAUGGGUUGGCUUGCGACCAGGAAGACCAAAACCUCGCUUGGAAAGAGAAACUAUGAAGACUAAGAAUGGGAUAUUGGAAGUUAUUCAUAACUACGGUCACGGCGGAUCGGGUGUUACUUUAUUUUGGGGAUGUGCAAUACGCACCACCGAGCUGCUGCAAGACGUCUUGGCUGAAAGAAGAAAGAAUGUUAGAGCGAAUUUGUAAUGAGCUCAAUCCAUGUGCUUUUUUACAAUAUCGCUUUAAUCACAGAAUUUUGAGAAACGUGGUCAAUUUUAUUUAAAAUUUUAUCAUCUACAGAAGGAAUUGAUUUGAAUGUGUUUGUGAAUAUACUAUUAUGUUUUUUGCGAAACACUAUUUUAUAGCUAUAAGUGUUAUUGCUUAUCACAAA